AAUAUCACCAAGUACACGAUAUAAGUUCAAGGCGGGAUCGAAUCAGAAUAAGAAGCAAGGUUGCCUCCCAGGGUCUGCCACUGUCCCGAGGUCGAAUGUACGCCCUGGGAACGAGGUUAGGUCGGGCUCGUCACAUUGAGAUGUCCGUCUGCGCAACGGAUCUUCCUAGUAGGUGAUGACGAGCAGAUCUGAUGAAGUGUCUCGGGUAUAAGAGGUUCUCGGGUAUUUCUCAGACUGUGUAACGGCACGAUGGCGGAGGCAAGUGAUGCAGCGAAGCCGUGGACUCCCCGCGAAGGCGAGACAGGAUUCCCAGGGCUUUUCCGGUCUUUCAGCAAGGAACAAGCGGAACCUUUAGAGGCAAAAAUCAAAGGCAAAGUCCCGGACUGGGUGGAAGGUAGUUUGCUUCGCAACGGGCCGGGAAAGUUCGAAGUCGGCCCGGAUACCUACGAACAUUGGUUCGAUGGACUGGCGGUAUUACUUCGCUAUAAUAUCCACAAAGGCAGGGUGACCUACCAGAGCCGAUUCCUCCAGAGCGAUUCGUACAUCAAAGCAAUGGAGCAGAAUCGGAUAGUCAUGUCUGAGUUCGGCACGGUGGCGCAUCCGGACCCCUGCCAGAGCUACCUGGGCCGGUUCCUGUCCCGAUUCGUCCCUCGGACUUUCACGGACAACUGCAACAUCAACUGGGCUCAGUACGGAGACGAGUUCUACGCCGUCACGGACGGCACGCUGAUGCGCAAAGUAGACCCCAACAGUUUGGAGACAUACGAAAAGGUGGAUGUUGCUGAUCGCAUUGCCGUGCAUUCGACCAGCUCCCAUCCACACACUGCGAAGGACGGCACCGUGUACGGCCUAGGAUCUCGCUUCUCCUAUCAGAGCACAUACAACAUCAUUAAGAUACCUCCACAAGACCCAGAUGUCAAAGGUGAUCCGCUAUGCAACGCCACUGUACUGUGUUCGAUCCCCGCCUCCGGUACCUAUCCUACGUUCUACCACAGCUUCGCAAUGACAGACAACUACUUUAUCUUCGUGGAACAGUCAGCAGUCAUCAAUCUGCUCAAAGUUCUUUACGCUCAACUCUUCUUCAAAAGCUACAUAAUCGGAAUGGAAUUCCACAACGAGAGACCCGCGAGAUUUCACGUGGUUAAGCGAGACACUGGGGAGCUCCUCCCACAAGUCUACACGUCAAUCCCGUUCUUGAGUUUCCAUCACAUUAACGCGUACGAGGAGGCGGGGCAUCUGGUGAUUGACAUGUGCAUCUACGAGGACGGUACCAUUCUCAGCGAUAUCAAUCUGAGGGACUUACGUAAUGGCGAUAAACCGGCGCAGUUUGGUAAAGCCAAACGAUUUGUUCUACCUGUUGAAGAGACAAUUGAGGAAUACCGUGAUGGGAGGACGCCUGCCUAUUUACAACGCUUCGAGGCAGAUGUGACGAUGAACGAAGACGGAUCAUUCCAUUGCAUCCCAGAGGUUAUUUCUGAUCGAAAUGUUGAGUUUCCGCGGAUGAAUUACGAGUUGUACAACGGCAAGCCGUACAGGUACUUCUACGCUAACGGCGGAGAACUCAACCAAAAGCUCUUGAAGGUCGACACGAAGAGCGUGACGUCUAGAGAGUGGUAUGAAGACGGCUGUUUCCCCUCUGAGCCGAUCUUCGUCAGUGCACCGGACCCGAAGAGCGAAGAUGACGGAGUGGUGUUGUCGUCAGUGGUCGAUCUACGGCAGGGUAAAUUCUCGUAUCUUCUCGUUCUGGAUGCACGAGAUUUCACGGAGAUGGCUCGGGCCGAAGUCGAUGCGGAAGUGUCGUUUGGGUAUCACGGGAUGUUUCAUCCGGAGUAGACAUUGCGAGAUAGGUUCCGAUCGUAUGACGUCAGAAUACCACGUGACCAUCCGGUUUCCCUAUAAUCGGCCACCAUUGCAGUAGGCAAG